AUGCAAGAUGACCGCAGCGCCCCUCUGAGACACACGGCCCAACCCACGACAAUUGCAAAGGGCAACAAGGUCUUUCUACUUGUGGGGGGCAAUCAUCUACAAUCCGCUUCAAUAAAGGAGCAGAUUCCACAAUACUUUCAGUAUCUUGAUUUGCUUGUGGGUGAGGCCACGGAAAAUAAAGCCAUUCGAUGGGGUGAACCUACCUCGCUUUUAUCACAGAUCGAACCAUCUGCGAAAGAAAAAGGCAUUGAACGCUUCCAGACUUGCGGUGGCUCAGGCGCUCUGAUGGAGGAUGGCACGCUUGUGUUUCCUGUGAUGGCGAUGAAGGGAGAAAAUAGCGUUGCCUCCAUGAUCAUUUAUUCGAAAGACGGCAAAACAUGGGGGCUACCAAUGAACAUUGGCUUUGCGGAGUGCACUGACCCUUUCAUCGUCGAGUGGGAGAGGGGACAAAUUGUGAUGAUUACUCGCUGUAAGAAUGAUGUCAAAGCUAUGGAGUCGAGGGACAUGGGGAAAACGUGGAAGCGGGCUGUCGGGGCAAUAUCGCGCGUGGAGGAAAAUAUUCUGCCAAAUUCUAUUUACAGGCGUUGGCUUGUGACAUCCUUCACCACUGCGACCAUUGCUGGAAAGAAGGUCAUGCUGUACACUCAGCCAAAAGUACAUUUCUGCGGCUGUGGGGCCAACUCAGCUCUACAUUUGGGUCACCAACAAUAUUCGCACGUUUAA